AUGCCAGCCUUCGCAAGUCUUUCUGUGUUCAGAGGGUGGAGGCCACCUCGACUGAUCUCGGAAGCGACUGCCCCACAGAGAGCGCCUGGAGCGGACGACAGUGGCGGGCCAGAAGGGGAGCCCCAAGGCGCUCCCACGCCCGUGGUCGGCUUCUGUGCCCAGAGCACUGACCAGCAGGUGGGCUUCAGCGUUCCAGGCUAA